UGGAAUGUGACAAGAGUCAACAACAAACGCCCUCCAUGAUGAAGCUUUUCAUGAGGGUUAUGGGGGGUUUCAAAUUCCAAUAGGGGAAGUGUGAGAGUGAAGCAAAGAGGUUUGAAUUCGAAACUUCAAAUCCAUACAUUUGAUAUAUUAGAGGGGGAUGCACAUGAAUCAUGAUGAUGAUGAUACUAAUCCCAAACAAUACUAAUCUAAUUCAAAGAGGCUCAGAUCAGAAAUUGAAGGUAGCACCAGCCACCAGCAACUUCCAUUCACUCAGUUCAGAAUUUCAGGUCCUACCCAGCAAUGUCGAUUGCCAAUUGGGGCCUGGAGUCUCGAUCGAAAAUUAGGGACCCAAUCAACCUAAUGACUUAUCUAUCUAUCACCUAGACAACAUCAACAAUAUGAUAAACGAAAUUGAGCUUAGCUGUGUCUUGAUAGACAAAAUCAACAUCGGAUGAACACAAUCUAGCAUAGCUGUGUCUGUGACUCUCCAAGUCGUUUUCUCAAACUCCAUAGCUGCAUUGCACAUGGAUUCCUAAUCAAUCCAACAAUUCCAAUCCACGAACUUUCAAUGACACAGAAAUUGAUUGAAACAAGACACCCAUCCAAGGUUCCUGAAACUCAAACUAUUUCUGGCGAAUCUAACAAGCAAAUGGAAACUGGGCGAAGAACAAGAGGAUUGAACAAAUGAUGGACAAACUUAUAACAUGAAGUAGGAAAUGGAAUGAUGUGAACUCUGAAACUGUGAAACUUAAUACAAGUAAAGUGUUCAUGAUUAUACUAUAGAAUUUGGAAAUGUGAAGAAACAAAAGUAUGAUUAUAAAUGAGACAAUAACAAUAAAACCCUAAAACUACAAAUCAGCAGCGGAAGCAGCUAGCAGAAGGCGGUGCUGCUGUGUUUGUAGCCUGAAUCCAUUCAUCCCUAUACAUACAACAUUCUCUGCAACCUACUCUUUCUCUGCCAUUUUUAUUUCACAACCUCAAAAUAUCCAUAACAAUUCAAAUAAAUAUGGGAGAGAAUUUCCCCCUUACCUCUCUCAAUCUAUAGUGAUAUUCAUGUCUAUGCUUUCACCCUCUUCUUUUUGUUCUUUUCUUGAGACAUUUGUUGUCGCCGUUGAUGAUGACUCCAGGAUAUUGCAUACAAUCUCAAUUACAAUGUCUUUUUUUUCAAGUGUUUUUCCCACUGAGCGAUGAGAAUUGCCCAAAAGAGAAAAAAUGCCAAUGACUCUGAGUUUGUUGGUGCUCCAGGAAAGGUUAGAGGAGGAAAAUUCUCAAAAGAAUUAAUAGAAGGGUGGCGGCGGAGGAGACGCGUAUGAAACUCCAAAGAUUGGUGGCAAUGGGCCCUCAUAUACAGGAGUGGGAGGCGGCGGGCUUGCAUAAAUAUAUGGAGGGGGUGAAUUCGGUGGUGGUGGAGAACUGUAUUGAACAACCGGUGGUGGUGGUGAAUGGUGGACUGGAGGUGGGGGAGGCGACUCAUACACUGGUGAUGGUGGUGGUGAUGGAGAUGGUGGUGGUUUGUGAUGGUAUGGAGGAGGUGGUGGAGGCGAGGACUCAGGACAUGGUGGCGGUGGUGGAGGUGGUAAUUCAAUGCAAGGAGGCGGUGGUGGUGAAUGCGCAGGGGGCGGGGGUGAGUAGUACAUGUAAGGAACUGGUGGAGGUGGAGAACUCAAUGGAGAAGGCGGUGGAGGUGAAUUUGGUGGCGGCGGUGGUGGGGAGUGGACACAAUAGGGAGGGGAGACUGGUGGGGGAGGUGAUGGUGGAGGUGGAGGCAAGUAAACUGGCGGUGGAGGUGAUGGUGGAGGCGGAGAUGGAGGCGGUGGUGGUGGUGGGGAGUAAACUGGCGGUGGAGGUGGUGAGUACACUGGGGGAGGUGGCGAGGGCGGUGGAGGUGGUGGUGAGUAAACUGGGGGAGGUGGUGGUGGAGGUGAUGGUGGCGGUGAGAAAACUGGUGGCGGUGGCGAUGGUGGAGGAGGUGGAGGUGAGUAAACCGGUGGAGGAGGUGAGGGUGAUGGUGGCGGCGGAGGAGGUGGCGAGGGAGUCACAACAGGAGGUGAAGGAGUCACAAUUGGAGGCGAAGGAACAGGAAUUGGGGGUGUAGGUGAAGGAGUGGAACCCUUACAGCCAAACGACUGGCAACUGACAGGCUUAGACAAAAACGACUUACAUUGCGCCGCGGACCUCUGUAACGGCCUAUUCGGCAAGCAAUUCCUCUUGUCAUCGAAACCCGGCAAGGCCAGACACACCGGAGGCUCGCCAGUGAAGAAGUUAUAAGAGUAAGUGAAGUUCUCCAAACUCGGCAGUGAGCAAAUAGCCGGCGGAAUCGACCCAGACAGCAAGUUAUGAGCCACAUUGAGCUGCUCAAGACUCACCAUCCCUCCAAUUGUGUCCGGCAGCGGCCCCAAGAACUGAUUGUAGCUCACGUCGAACACCGUCAAGUUCUUCAGCAUCCCUAUCUCCUCCGGCAAGCACGACCUGAACCCAUUAUUCAUCAUAAUUAUCUCAUCCAAGUUCGACAUGUUGCCCAAGCUCGCCGGAACGCAGCCAUGGAACUUG